UUUGAAUAGCUCAGUCGCAAUUUUCUCUUUGAACGAAUCGGACACUUAAAUUAAUCAAGGGAUUCUUUGUGUUGAUUUGAAAAAAAAUAUAAAUAAAAUUUGCAAAGUGAAAAAAUUCAAUUCUAAUUAAAAGAAACGAAAAACUAUAGAGGGUUGGAGAAACCGAACCUAGAAAAAAGAUUUUAGCGCAGCAACGAGUACAGUUCAGCUUAAAUUCCAGGGUUAAAGGAUUCUUAACUGCUUAGCCCAAGAAAAGCUUUAAAAGCAAAACAUACACAUCCCAACGUAGAGGAAAAAACUUCACAAAUUAGCUAAAAUGGCCGAUCAACUGACAGAAGAACAAAUCGCUGAAUUCAAGGAAGCCUUCUCGCUCUUCGAUAAAGAUGGUGACGGCACCAUUACAACAAAGGAAUUGGGUACAGUUAUGCGAUCACUCGGACAAAAUCCCACAGAAGCCGAAUUACAAGAUAUGAUCAAUGAAGUCGAUGCUGAUGGCAACGGCACAAUUGAUUUCCCCGAAUUCUUAACAAUGAUGGCCCGUAAAAUGAAGGAUACCGAUAGUGAAGAAGAGAUCCGAGAGGCAUUCAGAGUAUUCGAUAAGGACGGCAAUGGCUUCAUUUCAGCGGCUGAAUUGCGUCAUGUUAUGACAAAUUUGGGUGAAAAGUUAACAGAUGAAGAGGUCGAUGAAAUGAUCCGAGAAGCUGAUAUCGAUGGUGAUGGUCAGGUCAAUUAUGAAGAGUUUGUGACUAUGAUGACAUCGAAGUGAGCGGCUAAAUUAAUUCUUUUUAUUAAGCUUUUCUAUGUUUUUAAGAUGUUGAAGAAGACUGUAGCUGUGCGCCCUAACAUCGCGCGUUGCUGUUGCUAUGGAUAAAAACAACAACAAAAAUUAAAAAAUAAAAAAAAAAAUAAAAAA